AAGAAACUUACAUGUUUUCUGUUGUUAGAUAAGUAUAAUCCCACAAAUAGGCAUAUGCAGUCUGAUAGAUUAACUUAGAACAUAACCAGCUUUGUUGCUUAUCAUGUUUAUCCAGAAUUUGGAUGAAUUUAUGUGAUGACCGUCGGAGUUGCCCUUAAAGAAAUCCAUGAACCUAUCGAGCUGUAACCAGGAUCUUUUAUGUUUCUUUCAUUCAGCUAUUAGUUCUCCGAUUCCUUCCGUGCCUUCCAGAUUCCUACUCGGAUGCUUUAUGGUUUAUGCUUCGCCGUGCGAACCAGACAAGCAUGGUCAUCUGACCCUGGGUUCUAGGCUGACUGUUGUUGCUUCACCCCAUUAAGACAUGUUGGUUGGCAAUAUCUGAAGGAAACUGCUGUUUGGAGUUUUGUACAGAAACUACCAACCAAACACACCCGUAGUGUUUGAGUCGUAGGAAGUUGGUUUCCUAGGAAAAAGAAAAAGGAAAAGAAAAUUGCAUAACACCCUCUCCUUUAGUUUUAAUUUUCAACUUAUCUUGCUUUCUUGUGACUCAUCCUUCUCUAAUAACCAUUCUAUUGAGUG